AUGAGACCAACGUCAAUUGACCCGGCUUUGGCUGAAAUUGGAAAGAAGAAUGGUCUUCUGGUUUGGAGAAUUAACAAAUUCGAAUUGGAGCCGGUUCCGGAAACUGAGCAUGGAAUCUUUUUUAUCGGAGACGCGUACAUUGUGCUUAAUCAAAAAUAUGAGGGAUGCUGGGAUGUUCAUUUCUGGCUCGGCAAGAACGCUUCAACGGACGAAAUUGGAGUAGCUGCCAUCAAAACUGUAGAAAUUGAUGAUUCCCUCGGAGGAAUCCCAACUCAGCACCGUGAGGUUCAAAACUACGAAUCUCCGCUAUUCCUUUCCUACUUCACGGACGGAAUCCGCUACGUAGCCGGUGGUUAUGAAUCUGGAUACAAUCAUGUCGAGGAUCAAUUCAAGAACUGGAAACCUCAUUUGUUCCAUUGCAAGGGAAAACGUAAUGUGAGAUGUACGGAGGUAGAGUGUGAAGUUGGAUCUCUCAAUUUGGGAGAUGUCUUCAUUCUUGAUUUGGGAAAAGAUAUCUACAUCUGGAUGCCACCAGACAGUGGAAGAUUGGAAAGAGUUAAGGGAAUGGCUCGUGCUAAGAAUAUUGCCGAUGUUGAGAGAAUGGGAGCAUCCAAAGUUCAUAUCUUGGAUGAUGAGUGGGAUAACGACCCAACAUUCUGGAGCUACUUCGGUGGAGUUUCUUCAGUGAAGAAGGUUACGAAAUCCAAGGAUGAUGAUGACAACUAUUGGAAGCGUCUCUCUGAGCAAAUCACUCUUUGGAAGGUUUCCGAUGUCACCGGAGCCGCCAAAGUAACCAUGGUUGGGCAGGGAGAGAACUUGAAGAAGGAGCUAUUGGAUUCCAAGGACGCCUUUAUUCUUGAUGCCAUCAAUGGAGGUAUUUUUGUUUGGAUCGGUAGGGAGUGCACUCUUGAGGAAAGGUCCAAGGCUCUCAUCUGGGGACAGAACUAUUUGAAGCAGCAUCACCUUCCAAAGUGGACUCAAGUCACCAGAGUUCUGGAUACUGCCGAAUCCACUCAAUUCACGCAAUGGUUCCGUGACUGGGUUGAUGAGAAGAAGAAGAACACUUUCCAGCCUCUUCUCUUCCAGGUUUCUGAUGAAAGCGGACUCCUUCAUGUUGAAGAAAUCGCCAACUUCACCCAAGAAGAUCUUGAUGGUGAUGACGUUAUGAUUUUGGAUGCGUUGAACUCGAUCUACGUCUGGGUUGGAUCUAAUGCCAAUCCUAAUGAGAAGAAGGAGGCAUUGAAUACAGCCAAAUCGUAUUUGGAGAAGGAUAAACUGCCACGCCACAAGAAGACGAGCAUCGACACGAUCUAUCAAGGACAAGAGCCACCUACUUUUAAGAAGUUUUUCCCAUCUUGGGAUGAUGCUCUUUUCAAGAACCAAGUCCGCUCCGUUGAGAACAUGCGUCGUCUUCUUUUCCACUAA